AUGUAUUCUUCGGUUCCACCUCCAACCCACAGUAAUAAUUGUAAAUCAGAUAAUCCAUCUGUCGAGGAAGUGACGAAUAGAACGGAUCGGGAUUUAUUGAAAAAUGUGCCAGAACGUAUACAACUGAAAUUUGCCCAAUUACAACAACGCAGGAAAGAUUGGAAAAAUGAUAAAGGAGAUCAAAGAAGGACGGAUAAAUUGAAAAAGAAGAUUACAAGAGAUGUUGUUAAUCAGCUACAAAAUAAUGACGUUGACGUGAAUACACUGAAAGAUGUUGGAGUCACAAUACCUGCUGCAAUUUGUAAGCGAAAUAAGAAGACAGUUCAAUCAAAUGAAAGUCACCAACCGAUUAAAAAUGAUGCUAUUAAAUGGCAACAAAUUAAAGAGCGAUUAAAGGCUGAAAAUCCUUACAUUGAAGAGAACGCAGAUCGACAAUACAAAGCUAAGACGAAAAUAGAAACUGAUAUCGACGAAGCAAUAGAAGCUGGUGAUUACGAUAGAGCAGAAAACCUAAGCAGUCAAAUAUCAAACCUACAAUUUGCUACAGAAAUUACCAACGCUAUUAGACGUUUAAAGUAUGAAACUUCUCUACAGAAAAAAAACGCAAGAGGCGGAAUCUUUAUUGGACGUAAGAACUAUCCUUGCGAUAAAAUGAUUACAUACUUUCAUUUAUCGUUAAUGUUUAAUUGUGACUCAAUAUUGAAGUCGUCAUAA